AUGGUGCUUAUAGCAGCAACGGUGUGUACAAAAUCAGGAAAAGCCCUAGUGUCACGUCAGUUCGUAGAAAUGACUAAAGCACGUAUUGAAGGGCUAUUAGCUGCAUUUCCUAAGCUAAUGACUGGUGGUAGGCAGCAUACAUUUAUAGAAACAGAAUCUGUCCGGUAUGUCUAUCAACCUCUGGACAAGCUAUACAUGCUCCUGAUAACUACAAAAGCUAGUAACAUUUUGGAGGAUUUGGAAACACUGCGAUUAUUUAGUAGAGUGGUACCAGAAUAUUGCACUCAAUUAACUGAAGCUGAAGUUUUGAAUCAAGCCUUCAACUUGUUGUUUGCGUUUGAUGAAAUUGUUGCACUUGGAUAUAGGGAAAGUGUAAAUCUUGCACAAGUACGCUCAUUUGUGGAAAUGGAUUCUCACGAAGAGAAAAUAUAUCAAGCUGUGCGACAGACUCAAGAACGUGAAGCGAACAACCGUAUGCGAGAGCGUGCGAAAGAACUUCAAAGGGAGAGACUUGAGGCGGCGAAACGAGGUCAGCCACCUCGCUCGCAAACUGGAUUUGGAAGCGGUUUCGGCAGCUCUUCGAUGUCGUCUGCCGCGUCCGAACCUAUCACUGAAAAGAUUCCGACUACACCUGUUCGGGAAACGACCAGCAGACAGUCGACGUCGCGGUCGGCGAUGAAGCUGGGGUCGCGCGGCGCGGACGCGGACACGUUCGUGUCGCGCCUGCGCAGCGAGGGCGACGCCGCCGCGCCCGCCGCCGCCGCGCCCGCCGCCGCGCCCGCGCCGCCGGGGAAGGAUGUGCAUUUGCGAUUCGAAGAACGUUUGAACUUGUCAGCCGGUCGAGAUGGAGAUAUACAGAACUUUGAGCUUUCAGGUUUGUUGACGCUGCGUAUAAGUAACGAGCAGUUCGGAAAAAUUCACGUCCACGUCGAUAAUAAGGACUCCAGGCCCUUGCAGUUGCAAACUCAUCCAAAUGUGGACAAGGAAGCGUUCAGAACGGAGGGCGUGAUCCGUCUGAAGCAAGCGCAGAGGCCGUUCCCUCUCAACAGCGACGUGGGCGUGCUGAAGUGGCGGCUCACGCAUACCGAUGAUAAAUCUGCUCCAUUGUCUGUGAACUGCUGGCCAUCGGAGGGCGCGAGUGGCGGCUGUGAUGUUAACAUCGAAUACGAAUUGGAACAGGACCAUUUGAUUCUGUCAGACGUCAAUAUUACAAUUCCUCUGCCAUCUGGCAACCCAUCAGUGGUCGUUCAUCAGUGGGAAGGCAGUUAUACACAGAAAGGACGCUCAAUAAUCUGGAACAUUCCAUUGAUCAAUAAACAACAGAAAACUGGAACUUUGGAAUUCACUGUAACACCCGCCAUUCCAAACGAUUUCUUCCCGCUUGCCGUCACAUGGGUGUCCGAUACAUCAUUGGCCAUGCUCACGGCUACUAAAGUUACUCAAGCCGAUAAUGGAUCACCCGUUGAUUUCUCUCAAGAUAUAAGCUUCCAUCCGGAUAAAUAUGAAAUUGUA